GCACGCCGUCAAACUGCUGUUGUUCCAACUGUGUUUUCUGGAAAGGGGCUGGCAGGGACUCGGCGGAGCAGCCUCUCCUUCUCCCCCGCCCUUCCCUCCAGUGCUUGGAGGAUUAUUGCUCAAAGCCGGCUGCUCCAGCGCAAGGGAGGGAUUUACCUGCUGCUGCUGCUGGAGCUGUUGUUGUUGUUAGCAGCGCCUCCCCGCCUCUCUCCCCAGAGGCAGCGCAGCGGCGCCCAGAGGAUUGCGCGGGGCUGAGCCAACUCCCAGGGAACCCGUGUCGGGGGGAAGCGCCUCGCCGUGGAGAAAACUUUCUGCUCUCCGGACAUGGGAGGCUCACUACUCUAGAUAAAGUACCCGGCAGGGGCGAAGAGCACCACCACCGAGCAAAACAAUCGCCGAGGAGGCGCUCGAGGCCGCCCAGGUCAAAGAUGCUAUCCAGACUUGACACUUGUGAUGCAGUGAUCAGCAACAGAAGAGAGCAAAGGAAAUUGAAUAUGGCCUCAUAGAAUUGAACUUUGGAGCGUUUAUGAUGUCCACAGGUGCAAGUGGCAGGAAAAACCAUCAGGCUGUGAGCCUCGAAGGAGUUGACCCAGAAACCUGCAUGAUAGUGUUUAAAACUCACUGGGCACAGGUGGUGAAAAUAUUAGAGAAGCAUGACCCUUUGAAAAAUAUUCAGGCAAAAUAUGGGGCAAUUCCUCCUGAUGAGGCCAGCACUGUGCAGAAUUACGUAGAACACAUGCUCUUCCUGUUAAUCGAAGAACAAGCAAAAGACGCUGCCAUGGGACCUAUCCUGGAGUUUGUUGUUACCGAGAAUAUAAUGGAGAAACUCUUCCUUUGGAGUCUCAGGAGGGAGUUCACUGAUGAGAUGAAAAUCGAACAGUUGAAGAUGUAUGAAAUGCUUGUCACUCAGUCCCACCAGCCCUUGCUGCAUCACAAGCCCAUCUUGAAACCUUUGAUGAUGUUGCUGAGUUCUUGCUCAGGAACUACUACACCAGCCGUGGAAGCUGAGCUGGUGGUUCUUCUCAACCAGCUGUGCUCAAUCCUAGCCAAAGAUCCAUCUAUUUUAGAACUCUUUUUCCAUACCAGUGAGGACCAAGGAGCUGCAAACUUCCUAAUUUUCUCUCUCUUGAUUCCUUUUAUCCAUCGAGAAGGGACUGUGGGCCAACAGGCUCGUGAUGCACUGCUUUUUAUAAUGUCACUUUCUGCAGAAAACAAUGUUGUUGCUAACCAUAUAGUAGAAAACACUUACUUCUGUCCGGUGCUAGCCACAGGCUUAAGUGGCCUAUACUCGUCUUUGCCUACAAAGUUGGAAGACAAAGGAGAAGAAUGGCACUGUCUGCUGAAAGAUGACUGGCUUCUUUCUCCAGCUCUUGUCCAAUUCAUGAACUCCCUUGAGUUCUGCAAUGCUGUAAUACAGGUGGCACAUCCUUUGAUUCGGAUGCAGCUUGUGGAUUACAUUUAUAAUGGGUUUCUGGUACCAGUUAUGGCCCCAGCAUUGCAUAAGGUGACGGUGGAGGAAGUAAUGACUACAACUGCCUACCUGGAUCUCUUCUUGCGGAGUGUUUCAGAACCAGCUUUACUACAGAUCUUCCUCCGGUUCAUCUUGCUGCACCGCCAUGAGAACGUGCACAUCUUGGAUACCCUCACAAGCCGCAUAAACACUCCAUUUCGGCUCUGUGUGGUGUCCCUGGCAUUGUUCAGAACACUUAUCAGCUUGCAUUGUGAAGAUGUGAUGUUACAGCUAGUUUUAAGGUACUUGAUACCCUGUAAUCACAUCAUGUUCAGCCAAAGAUGGGCUGUAAGGGAACGAGAUUGGUAUUCUGUAUCUGCUGCUAGAUUGCUUGCCUUGACUCCAGUCUGCUGCUCUAGUGGGAUUACUCUGACUUUUGAAAAACAAGAAAAAGAUUAUAUCCUGUGGAGGAAAAACAUACACAGGGCAGGUACAACUGAAGAGUCCAGCAGCAGAGGUACUGCAGACUCCACAUGUAUUGUGGAAUAUGGGAAGACUGUUGAUAUCAGUUACCUGCAGUACCUUUGGGAUGCGCAAUCCCUCAUUCUCCACUGUAUGAAAGACUGCCAGGUUUGGUCUGCUCCAUAUGACGGCGAAAGCCCUGAUCCACGUACCUUUAUCCAAACACUAGCUGACGAGGAUGGUAAAAACCUAGACCAGCCCAUUUUCCGAUUUCAGCACAGAACACCUAGUAAUACAAGUUCCUCUCAGAUAACUCCUUUGGGAGAAAAGUUGCAGCUGGAGCUGGAAUGGGACGAUAGCUAUGAUACGGGGAUCUCUCCUGGAUCUGAUACGGGCUCUCCACAGCAUGAUAAUGCUUUGGGCAAUGUAAACCCACAAGCACCUGCAGCGCCACCAAAGCACAUUCAAGAAAUGAAGAAAAAUGCAAUCAUGCUGAUCAAAGGGUCAUACAUAGAAGAAUCAGACUUUCAGGAUGAUGUCAUGGUUUAUAGGUUAUGUGCUGAAAAGGAUGCUCAGGAAGCAGACAGCGCAAAGGAGGAAGCUCCGGUGUCAGAAUCUCAAAGCACAGGUGAUCAGCAGUCGCUCCCUGCCAAUGGUCCCCUUAAAAGUCCCCAGACAGACUCCAGUUUGGAGGAACACAAUAUGAAAAAUUCAAACUUGAUCCAGCACACCACAGUCAAACAAAUCCAUGACAGCGUUGCUGAAACCCCGCAGCCAGACUUGGAACUGAAGUUGUCUUGCCUUGAAGAAGACCACAAUGCUAACACGAGCUUGCUGAGCCCAGAAAGUGAGGAUUUUAUUUCCCAAUGUGAUAACAUCAUUAAAGAGUUAGAUUCUACCCCUACAGAGUUGGUCGAGCUUAAAUUGCUUAUUCCUGAACCAAUCUCUCCCGUGGAAGAGGAAGAAGACUUUGAAAAUUUUUCAGCCGACACACCAUCAGCAGAAAGUAUGCCUUCACCUUUUGGGCCAAAAGAUGUAUGGUCCAGCAAUCUGGCAAGGACCCAGAGCAUCCCAUUUACAGGUCCAUUUAUCAGUGUGGUGCUCUCAAAGCUGGAAAACAUGUUGGAGAACUCCUUGCAUGUCAACUUGCUGCUCAUUGGCAUUGUCACACAUCUGGCCAGUUACCCACAGCCCCUCCUUCGUUCCUUUCUGCUCAAUACCAACAUGGUGUUCCAGCCUAGUGUGCGGUCAUUGUACCAGGUGCUGGCAUCUGUGAAAAACAAAAUUGAGCAGUUUGCUUCCAUUGAAAAGGACUUCCCUGGACUACUCAUAGAAGCCCAGCAAUAUCUGCUUUUACGGGUGGACAUGUCAGAUAUUCCUCUGGAGUCAUUGAUUAAAGACAAUGCACAGCACAACCAUGCUUUGGGGAAAGGCAGGAACCUUUCUGAGGCUUCCCAGGUCAUCCUGCAACCUUUCUUUGGAAGUAAGGAAAAGAAAGGAACGGCUCUUCCCAGCGUCCCCCUGCACAUCCGGAAUGCCAUCCUGGCAGCUGCCCUGUUCCCAGAGUUUCUCAAGGAGCUGGCUGCUCUUGCACAGGAACACUCCAUACUCUGUUACAAAGUAUUUGGUGACUUUGAGAAUUUUUAUUAGCUUUAAUACUUUUUUUAAGGAUGUUUUAAUUUAAAAAAAACACAGAGAGCUACUUAUAAAGGAAAAUUCUACUUUAUGUUCCUGGUAAUACUUGAUUUGGGGGAAAACUGUUACACCUUUAUGUUGGGCCUUAUUUCCUACUGUGCAGCAUAAACACUUGAUGUAUUUGAUUUCUUAUUUUACCCUAUUCCCACCCUUGAACUUCCUUACCUCAAGAUUCCUUCUUUUAAACUCUGCUAUAGACACUUUUGGUUAAAAAGGCACAAUUGUGUAACCAGCUAAAAGGUGGUUUGCUUUUGUGUUGUUGUUUUUCUAUCUAGAAAAGUUGGCUGCUCUGUAAGAGAGUGCUUACCUGGAUGAGCAUGUCAAAUCUGAUAAGCCUUCUAUGCAAAUAACGUUUUAGGUAUCUCUUUCCUUCCCUGCUUUCUGCAUUGUGAGUGGCUGGACUUGUGAAUCCAAAUGGAUUCAACAGAUAUAAGCCUGCUACUUGCUAAAAGCAGGUGCUGUGCUGAAUACAUACCAUAUUGCCUUACACUGUGGACAAGUCUAACACUCUCAGCUGUUGAUUCCUUUGAAGUUUAAAUGAAAUGAGUAAAUGGAUGUUGAGUGCAGACUGUAUGGAAUUCCCACCCACCCCCACCGCCAUUUCUCAGCAUUCUUUGAAAAUGCUAGAUCUCUACCUAAACUAAACGCUCAAGCCUUAAUUUUAGUAAUAUUUGCACACAAUGAAAUGUUUCUAUGCAAACCGUAGCCUUUUUGGUAGACCAUAUUUGUACACUUUUAUUGAUAAGCUGAACACAAAUACUCCAGUUAUUGUUUGAGUAGUUUCAAAAGGUUACCGUCAUCUGGGAGUUGUUACUAUCUAUUUUUAAGUACUAUUUUUUUAAACAAAAUUGAAAGAAUAGCCUGCCUUUAUAAGCUGUGUUUUUUCUUUUUAGCUUAAAAAGUUAUUUUGGUUCAAGGAAAGCUUUGUGGUAUUGUAAAACACUAGCUGUUUAUUUAUGAUGUAUGUUGACUUGUCCUAACAUUGCACUUUUGAAGGAUGGCAGAAAUGUUUUGCUCCCUAGUAGUAGAGAGGAGGAUGUUACUUGGGACAGAUACACUAGAACUUGUUGCAGCUGCUGUCCAAUAGCCUAAGAACAUUUUCUUUUGUGAGUAAUGAGACUCAUUAGAACGGGUCCAAACAUGAUGAAUUGCUGCAUUACAGCUGCAUUUCAGUUUGUGCUAGUAAGAGUAAUUGUUCCUCCAGUGCUGAAGUUGGCUUUGUGUUAAUAGUGGCUCUGUGCUUGAAAGCCUUCAUUUUCUUUUACAGUAGGUGAAUAUGACAAACUGCUCCAAAACCAAUGAAAACAGUAUCUGAAGACAAGACUUGAAAACAGCUUUGCUCCUCUUUGUAAACUCCAUAUUGAGGUACUAAUAGUAGCAGUUGAGGUUUGCAUGUUCUAUGCUAGAACAUGGCACCUGAGCAAAUGGGAAUUUCACAGGCAUCUUUUGGGAGGGUUGCCUGAAAUGAUGUGUAUAUUUGUUUAGAAGUGCAAUAAUGGCAAGAGAGGGAUUUCAGUGUACCCAUUUCUUGCUCCACUGGUCUACUGUGACGGGUCCAUUUGCUCAGUCUCCUCUCCCACCACCAUCCAUGGGCAGAAUUAGAAUCCUGCAGGCCAUAGAAAUCAAAGAGGAGAGAGCAGCUUCCUUUUAACUUCUCAAAGCAUUGCAAGCUGUAAAAAUCUUAUGCAGGGGAGGAUCUGCCAGUCCUGUUAUUUGGCCCGUUCCCCAUGUCUGGUGACAUCUUCAUAAAAAAAUAAAAUGAUCUCAUAAUUCUAGUCCUGCUACCUUCUCUGUGGGAAGCGAUCCAUCCUUUUGAUUGACUGAUUAAUUGUGUAUGUGUUAACUGUAGCAGAUUUUUAAAAAUUGCUCUCAAAAGACAUUGUAUUUUCAUGCUCUUAUUUAAAGUUAAGAUAGGUGAGGUUUUUUAAAUAAUGUGGGUUUGUUAAUAAUCACAUAAAAUGUGAUUAUAUUUGCUGCAUUUGAAAAGCAUACAUUUAAAAUGUUGGACAUUUGAAAACCAGCAAGGCUACCAUAGUAUGGACUAUGUAGUAGUUUCAUGAAAUUUUGACAUGCUUGUUGCUGAAAGGAAGCAAUCAUGUGCCCACACCCUCGCAAUGUUUAGGCUUAGUUCAAGGCUUAACAGAGCAUUUAAUAGUGGUAUAGAAAAGUAUAACAGAUUACUUUGUUAGAAACUAUUCAUAUUUUGUUUGAAUCAUGAUUACAGCAGGAAGGGCAGAUUCCACUUGUUGGUCAGUUAGUGAAAUGUAGGUCCAGGAUAUGGCAUGUUAUAUUAAUAAGGGAAGGGCCAUAGCUCAGUGGCAGAACAUGUGCUUUCCAUUAAAAAGGUCUCAGCAUCAAUCCCUGGCAUCUCCAGGUAAGACUGGGAAAGAUUCCUGUCUUACACUCUGCUUAUUAAGUCAAGUUGCCCUUAAGCCAUUCACCAAUCUUCUGAGCUGCAUUCAGUGGAGAUACUUGUGCCUCUCAUGUAAGCCACUGUUAACAUUUGUGAAGUUAGGUUCUCGCUGAGAGUAGAGAGAGGAUAUUUGGUCUCUGUAUAUUUUAAUAAAAUAAGAGUUAAAAAUAUGAAUUGGAGAAUUACUGUACAGUCUUUACAGUGACUUUUUGGAGGGUUAGUAAUGGAAAACCACAGAAUGAUAUACACAAAUAAGUAAAAAUGACACCUACAAAUUGUUGGUAAGCUUGAUGAUCCUUGACACAUAUGAGUACAAAAUACAAAUACUUUGCUAUUUUGGCUUGUUUCAUGUCAAAAAGCACCCAAAUAUUUUUUUUUUAAAAAAAACAUAACCACCCCUCCAAACAUCUCUGAAAUUGAGUGCUGCAGUCUUCUGGUGUAAUUAUCCGAGCCAUGAUUAUAGCACUAAUUCAAGCUGUAGUGUUGUAAUUAUUCCUAUAUAAAUGCCAUCUCAGGGAAAGUGAAAAUUGCAUCUUGCUUAAUGUGGCUUUGGAUUGCUUUGCAUAAGUAAGCUAUUUGGAAUAAUUUAGUGAUGGGUACUAGCCCAAAAAGGCAUCUAGAAAGCAAGCUACCCCUAAAAUACUUCUGCAGCAGGAAUAGUUAACAGCUUUCCUUAAGUCAGCUCAAAUUAAGCAUUUUGCUGAUUUGAAUACCAUUCUACUAGUGUUUGUUGUGCAUCUGUUAAAGUGACUGGAUCUUUGUGGCCAUUGAUUUAACACUCACGAGGCCUCUGUGUUCAGGCUUGGCUUUAAAAAAAACAACAACACUUUUAGUCUUAAGUAGAAUAUAUUCCAUUGCCCUGUCUCUACAGUUCUCUCUAUGCAUCUGAUGGAGUACAUUCUUCCCACAAUUGACAGCUCAUGCCACUGUCACGUUAUCUGUCGUUAAGGUGCCACAGCUACUCUAAUUAGUAGGACUAUGUGAAAACUCUCUUUUUAAAACACUGACAAAUUCUACUCCUUGCAGAAUACAGGAAUGUUAACCCAAAGAUGCUGUAUGCAGAGAAACUGAUUUUUUAAAAUCAUUCUUUGGUUUUCCAAGAGCAGUUUAGGUGCUUUUUAAUCAAACAUAGAUUUACCGAGCUAAAUGUUGUCCAAUCACAAAAUUAAUAGAGUUGAUUUUUUUCACACCCAAAAACAUAUUUUUAAGACCCCCUCACUGAAGAAAUAUGCAAAAAUUAAGUUUCAUUCCCUAAAAUGACAUGCCCUACUGCCUCUCAGCCAUCUUACAAUAUUAUAGGGGGGGGGAAUUAAGUCUCUAAUGUGCUUCCUGCAUUUGCACCAAGAUUAGUGUGUGGCAUAAUAUGGCCUAGCUGCUGCUACAAUGUAAUUUUAUAAUAAUCUUCUAUCUCCUUAAUUGUAGAAAAUGAGGACUGUACUCUCAAUUUUUGUGGGUUUUAUUUGUGUGUUUUCUUCCAGCUACAACAAUUUGCAGCACAAAAAGACUUUAAUACAAUGAAUCUGAAUUCAGUUUAGUUUCUCUAUUCUAAGCACUUUAAAGACAUUUCCCUACAUCACAAAGCAACUUAUGUAAGAAAUGCCUUUUAAAAUUGGAAAGCUUGGGAAUGUGGAGUCUUUGAAGAUACUGCUCCUCAAUCUGCUGCUACAUCAACUACUGUUCUCUAGAGACUCCCUGUUGCAUAGGUUCAAACAUAAUUGGAUGUAUCCUUUCACAGUUCUCUACAUCCCACUCUCCAGUUAAUGAUUUCAACAAAACAAAAUACAUUCUCUGGCCUACCAACACCACCUAUGGUCCAUGCCUAUUCCUGGCAAGAGGUCAUGCAAAAUAUAGUAGGUUGUUUCCAGGCUUUUAAGGUAAGGCUGAAGUUAUCACAAAACAGCUAUGUUUUAUUCUCUAUGCCUCUUCAUUACAAGGCAAAUUAUAGCAUUUCACCCCAGUUGCAAUUCCUAUGUCAUCUUUCAAGGGCAGCCUUGCAUCCAACAUAUUACUGUGGCAAGCUCUCAUGCCUCUAAAAGGGGACAGAGCUUACACAGCUAAGAAAAUGUAUUCCUGGAUACUCACACUUUGUCCAGAACUGUCAGGCUCCAAACCUGUUACAGGACAAUGAUCAAGAUUGGUGGGAUUACUCCUUCUUGUCUUGACUCAAUGUCAGUUUUUCACCCACUUGCUGCUGCUUCCAGACUAAGAUGGCAAUUUGUGGAUACCUAGUUAAUAAAAUGUAGAGCUGGAUGCUUCUAAUUCAUUGAUAAAAAGGUAAAGGUACCCUGACAGUUAGGUCCAGUUGCGGACAACUCUGGGGUUGUGCGCUCAUCUCGCUCUAUAGGCUGAGGGAGCCGCCGUUUGUCCGCAGACUGCUUCAGGGUCAUGUGGCCAGCAUGACAAAGCCACUUCUGGCGAACCAGAGCAGCACACGGAAACACCGUUUACCUUUCCGCCGGAGCAGUACCUAUUUAUCUACCUGCACUUUUGAGCGUGCUUUUGAACUGCUAGGUGGGCAGGAGCUGGGAUCAAACAACGGGAGCUCACCCUGUCACAGGGAUUCGAACCGUCGACCUUCUGAUUGGCAAGCCCUACUAGGCUCUGUGGUUUAGACCACAGCGCCACCCGCGUCCCUCUAAUUCAUUGAUACCAUACUUAAAUUUGCAUUGAUAUUCUCCAGAAACUAUGCAACAAUGUUAAAUUGAAAUGUCAAUAAACCAGAGCCUUUCAGAACACUUCAGGUCAGUUUCUUAUAGUACUGAAGUAGUCUUUCUACUGACUUACUGUUGACUUAGGUGAGAUAGAAAAGAUUAGAGUCUUGCCUAGAGUCCCCUAGCUAUAAUUUAAUCUAUGAUAUUAGAGCUGCAGAGAGCACCAACUCAAUCAUCAGUGAGAUAGUAUCUUUGUUAAUUUCAGAAGCAGAUUACCCAUUACGUUCACUAAUACCACCUCACAGUAAUGAGUCCCACAGCUAAGCCACAAUUUGCAGGGGAAGAAGUAUGUUUGCUCAGCUAUCACUUAAGUAGCUUUUCUAAAAAGGGGAGGUGGAAUAUUAGUCUUUAACUAAGAAUAAUACGGGACCCAGGUGGCUCUGUGGGUUAAACCACUGAGCCUAGGGCUUGCUGAUCAGAAGGUCGGCAGUUCGAAUCCCUGUGACGGGGUGAGCUCCUGUUGCUUGGUCCCAGCUCCUGCCAACCUAGCAGUUCGAAAGCACGUCAAAAUGCAAGUAGAUAAAUAGGAACCGCUACAGCGGGAAGGUAAACGGCGUUUCCAUGUGCUGCUCUGGUUUUCCAGAAGCGGCUUUGUCAUGCUGGCCACAUGACCUGGAAGCUAUACGCCGGCUCCCUCGGCCAAUAAUGCGAGAUGAGCGCGCAACCCCAGAGUCGGUCACGACUGGACCUAAUGGUCAGGGGUCCCUUUACCUUUACCUUUAAGAAUAAUACAGCCAGUUAUACACAUCUGUAUCCACUGUCUCCUUUCUAGGGAAGUUAACUGCAUGUUUAGUUAUACAAGAAUAAGUACUACAAAUUAUUAUUACUUUUAUUACUAAUGAAUAAAGCAGCAUCCUUCUGAAGAACCCAUUUAUGAUAGAGGAUUGUUUCCCUCAAGAAUUAAUGCUGUUAAAUGACCCUCGCUAAAAUCCACUUUUGCUAGACUUGACAAGGCAUCAUGUAUGCACAUCAGGCCUGUGCUAACUUUCCAAACCCCCAAACAUACUCUUGGAAUAGUAGAUUUUUACAACUGCAAAAAAGUGGUUCUUUCCAAACUGCCAAAAAGUGGUUCUUUCCAAACUGCAAAAAAGUGGUUCUUUCCAAAGCUCCUACUACCGUGGACACUGUAUUUACAAUGUGGUGUCUAUGGCAGUUAAGCACAUGUAAUAAGGUCAGUAACCUCUAAAGAUUUAGUAACACAAUUGAGAACCAGGGUGAUGGUACAAGAUUGGAACUAGCUUCAGGUACAAUAACUCCCUGGAACUUGUAAAACAGCAUUCCAAGCAAGCACUUCCUCUACACAAAGUUGAUGGCCAUCACUUCAGUUUCUGAUCAUACACUUCAGUUUCUGAUCAUCUGAAGAAGUGUGCAUGCACACGAAAGCUCAUACCAAAAUAUAAACUUAGUUGGUCUUUAAGGUGCUACUGAAGGAAUUUUUUUAUUUUGCUUCGACUCAGACCAACACGGCUACCUACCUGUAACUGAUCAUACACCAAACAAGAAAAACAAUGAAGCGAUAUGUUUAAUUCUUAGCUUUUUAAAAAACCUGAUCGCUUGUUACUACGCUAUCUUUGUCCACAGAUUUUGACAGACAAAAAGAAGCUUAUAAAUCUUACUGGUUGCUUUUGGUAGAAGAGUUGAUGCCAAAAUUCAGUUUCAACCCUAAUAACUUGUUUCAAAUUAUUAUUGUAUAGCCAAAGCACCUGUUGCCAGAAUUGUAUUGAAAAUGGUAAUUCAAACACUAAAAUCUGGCAAAUCCAUCCAUGAUUGAUUGAAUGCGUAGCAUUGUUACGUUUUGAUACUGUGCAUAAUAUUCCUAAUUCAUUGCUACUCUCAUAUAGGAAUGUUCAUUCAGAUAGUUCAUUGAUUCCUGAAAAGAGCCUUCUGCCUAGGAUGGAGAUACAUAUUCAGAUGUAUAUCUGAAUCACCUACCCAACACAGAAGCCUGCUAGUAUACAUAGGGCACACUGGGUGAUGGUUUUCAUCAGUUUCAUUCAAAACAGUACAAAAUACCUUCAGGGAUAGACAGGUGUUCUAUAGAAUAGAAUAGUACCUAGCUUUUAUUAAAAAAUAAAAGACACAAAAGGCUUUGUCUUCAAUUUGGUAAGUGUUAUGGUUUCUCUAAUUUUGACACUGUGAUGGCUUACACCUAUGGGGCAUGACAGCCCCAUAGGUGGUUUAUUACAACCAGCCAGUAUGGUGUAGACACAGCAUGAAAAUGGCUAUAUAAUAGGUAAAAGGUAAAUAACCCCUGGACAGUUAAGUCCAGUCAAAGGUGACCUUGGGGUGCAGGCUAUAUAAGGCAACAAAGAGGAGUCUGGUAUUAUGAGUCAAAUGAGGUUUUAUAUCACCUAUGAUUGUUGCAAUAAGUGACCACUCCACUAUGCUUUUUUUGUUGUUGCAUACAUUUGAUCUGUAAUUUAAUUGUCACUAUCUUUGUUUGGACCGUGUUGUUUUGUAACCCCUGUUACAACUAUGGACCUGCAACUGAGGAAAACCUGCCAUGUGUUUAUCAAAGAAUGCAGCAGAAUCUAGUCUAUGAAAGCUUAUGCCAUAAUAUUUGUUAAGUCUUUUUAAGGUGCCACAAGACUUUGUUUUUUGCUGCACAUGAACCCCUGGAAAUUGUAUAAACCACACACUGUUAAUUGAAAUGUAAUGUGAACCAAGAGACAUUAAAACACAAAGCUUUCUUUGCAGAAGUGUCUUCUACAAUUUCCAUUCUCAUUACUUUGGGUUCCCAUUUUGGCAGCAAUUGAUGGAUUAUAAACUCAUGUCCACUGUCAGGUCAUCACCAUCACAACUAAGGCAGUGACCUUAAGGCAGUGACCAGACUGUGCUGAAAUCUGAGGACAACGGUGAAAUGGUGAAUGGUUGUACAUUGCCCCUAUAACUUGUAUUUGGUGUUCUUACCUUUUGGAAGCAUUGGUCUGUUGGAUCUCAUCUUUCAGGUAUGUUUACUCACUUAAGCUUAUAUCUCAGCUAAACCAAUAUAGAACAAAAAGGCAACCGCAAAAUGGCAAAAGGCACUAUGGGCCACCUGCUAUUACAAAAAUAUGUAAUUCCAAACCAUAAGCAACAUCUGUUGCUUAUAAUACUUGACUUCAUGGAGCCAUGCAUCUCUGUGAUACGAAUGCAGCCUUUGACAAUCCACUUUUUAAAAAAGUGUUGAAGGUGGUUUAAUUCUCCCCAGCAAAAAUAAGUCCAUCUAAAUGUUACUUUUUUAUUGCUGAUAAAUAGUUCUUAUGUACAAAUGUUAAAAUCUUCAUUACUCUAGUGUCUUGAAAUGCCAGACUAUUUUCUUUAGAUAUUGGGGAAAACCUGCAGUCUGAAAUUUGUUUGAAGGGCAUAAUUUUGGCUUCAAAAGCAAAACAAUUUUACUCUAGGUUGAAGCUUAAAGGGGUCAUUUUGGGAGGACUUAGCUUAAAAUUACAGAAACAGGCAGCUGAGCUGUUUGGCAGUUACCCUGUUUCUCAUAUUUUAAGCCAUACCCAUAAAAUAAGCCAUAGCAGGAUUUUUAAGCAUUCAAGGAAUAUAAGCCAUACCCCGAAAAUAAGACAUAGUGAUAGGCGCAGCAGCAAUGCUGGCCACGGCAGGAGGAGGAGGAAAAAAAUAAGACAUCCCUUGAAAAUAAGCCAUAGUGUGUUUUUUUGAGGAAAAAAUAAAUAUAAGACGUGUCUUAUAAUAUGAGAAACACGGGUCUCUCUCUCCACCCAAAUAUAUAGAACUGUGAUCAUUCUAAACACAAGAGAUUGCUAAAAAGUUUUUCCUUUUUAAUAAGGUUCUUCAUUUUGUUUUGUUUCUAAAUUAGAAGAACUGACCACCUCAUUCUAUAGUUUUUUGUGGAGCUACAGGCAGCCCUGUUUAGGGAAGUUUUUAAUGUUUGAUGUUUUAUUCUGUUUAAUAUUCUGCUGGGAGCUGCCCAGAGUGGCUGGGGAAACCCAGCUAGAUGGGUGGGGUAUAAAUAUUAUAUUAUAUUAUAAUUAUUAUUAUUAAAAAUUACGAUAGAAUGAAAAGAGUUCUUCCUCAGAGAGGGCAUAGUUUAUUACAGUCAAAAAUAACCCCCACCCCACCCCCCAAUAAAACAAAGUGUGAAGACAUGUCUGGUCUGCUUAAUGAAACAUCAAUACUGAAAUAAUACCUUUAAUAUAUUAUUUAUAUUCCCUUACUCCUAUAACAAAAUACUUGCUUUUAACAGCUGUCCAUACAAGCAAUUGUGGGUAUUAAGUCUCUCGAGUACUUUACAAACUUAGGAAUGCUCUGCUUUGAUAAUUCACCAAGAAAAUACUUUAAGAAGUAUUUAAGCUACUUCUGAAAAAUAUUACUAAUAAAUUGGAAGAAACAAUUCUUUAUAUGUUACAAAACCAUAAUUAUACCAAAUUAUACCAAAUACAAAACCACAUACCAUUGGAAUUCUUUCUUUGCAUACCUUAUGUUCCAGUUUGACAGUCACUUAAGAGGAUGAUGGCCUGAGUAAAGCUGAAAAACUGCAGAAAGUGGCUGCAGUUAACUUGAUACAGUAAGCAAGAAGUGAAUGAAGUCAGUACAUUGGCUUGAUUGCGAAAGAUAGAAGUAUCAAGUAAUUACCACUCUGAUAACAGCAGCGAAUAUCAGAUAUGGAAUUUUCACCGCAGGCUCCUAUGAUAGCAGCUUCUCUAGUAUUUGUUUCACCAGGACAGGGUCUGAGCGUCCUCUUGUUGUUCUUUGAACCUGUCCAAUAAGCUUAUUCAGUACUUUUUUGUUGCCCUUCUUUAUCUCUGCCACCUUGAAAGAAAAAUUACAAAACAAAACUCAUUUUUGAGCAACAUCAAACUAAAGCAAAAACGCACCGAAGAGAGUCGCUGCUAAAUCCUAGUCUUCACGACCGGAAAAGCCAGAGCAAACCUUGAGAACUGGCAGGUUAUUUUCUGUUCUUGAUGUGCCAUCAUAAAACGUGACAGUUUAGCAACCCAGAAGCUUAGAAUGAUUUUAUUUCAUUACCAUAAUAUUAAAGAAUACAAUUCUCAUGUCCUUUCUCACAUUUCCAUAGAGCAAACUAAGGUCUACCUGGAUUUAAAGAUUCUACAUUUGCAAAGCAAGGUUGUUGUGCAGCACAAAAUGGCAAGCCAAGAUGGACUUUCCUUUUUUGCCAACAGCAAGCUUGGUGUAGAGAGCAUGCAUUGUGAAAUUAGAUUGUUGCACCGAUCAGUCUUCGCCACUAAUGAGGUGAAGGUUCAUUACAGCACUCUACAGCAGGCUUGUAAUGGAGUCUGUUACAAGAGGCAGUGCGUAACUUUCCAUUAGUUGGGCUAACAAGUUAUCUCAUCAGUAGAGCAGAUAUUUCUCCAUUAACCUUUAUAUA